AAACAUUGGUGUUGUUGUGAGUUAUCCACGUAUAUUCAGAUAAAGCACACACCUCAUGCUACGUCAUCAUUUCCUACAUUAAUUUUAGUGUUUCUUUAUUUCCAUGUCUAUUUCGAACCACGCAACCUCUUCUUCCUCUCUAUUUCACUCUUUUCUUGUUCCAUCUUUCUAAGUUCUAUCUAUCUCUUUAGUUAACACAACACAACACAAGCUUAAUUAUUUUAUCUCCAAAUUCUUCUUCAUCCAUUACAUGGCAGUUAAAUCGCAUAGCACCAACAAUUUUCUAUCGUUAAGCUCCUCGAAUUGUCGGCUUUCAAAUGGUUCCUCUUGUGUAGGGAGAAAAGUGUCAGACUUGCAUUGCCUACUAUUUAGUAAAUGGGGCAGUUCAAGAAAGGGAUGUCUCUUACGACAUGAUAUGCUAUCUAGCAAGGGUCAUCGUUUGGUAGGUUGUAGAAAAUACUAUUUAACGUUUUCUAAGACUGGAAGGAGUGUACACUUGUUACCAUUUGCCACCUCUGAUGAUGGUACAACUGUCAAUGGGAGUUCACAAGCUGACACCAGUGCUAACCUUGAAAAAAUGAGGGUGAAACUGAAUAGUUCACUCGAAGAGGAAAACUUUUAUGAUGGACUAGUUCAAGCUUUAUAUGAUGCAGCCAGGGUUUAUGAGCUGGCAAUUAAAGAACAUAAAUCGCACUCACGUGUAUCCUGGUUUUCAACAGCUUGGCUUGGGGUAGAUCAAACUGCAUGGGUGAAAGCACUGUCAUGUCAGGCUGCCGUGUACUCCUUAUUGCAUGCUGCAAGUGAAAUUUCAUCCCGAGAUGAUAGCAGAGAUAGAAAUGUCAAUGUAUUUGUUCAAAGGAGUUUACUAAGGUUAUCUGCUCCCUUGGAGAGCUUAAUUAGAGAACAAUUAUCAGCGAAACAGCCUGAAGUAUAUGAAUGGUUUUGGUCUGAGCAAGUUCCAGCUGUAGUGACAUCCUUUGUUAAUAAGUUUGAAGGAGACGGACGCUUUACUUCUUCCAUUGCUUUGUAUGAAAAGAGUAAGGGUUCGAGCAGUGCAAGUGAUGUAUCACUUCUCCUACUUGCACUUACAUGCAUUGCUGCAAUUGCUAAACUUGGCCCAGCAAAAGUUUCUUGCUCACAAUUCUUUUCCAUGAGUACCGAGAUAACUGGUAGUUUGAUGGACAUGCUGGUUGGUCUAAUCCCUAUAAGUCAAGCUUAUAAUUCUAUAACGGAUGUUGGACUACACAGAGAAUUUCUUGUACAUUUUGGUCCUCGAGCUGCAGCUGGUAGAGCAAAAGAUGAGUGGGGUUCAGAAGAGGUUGUUUUCUGGGUAAAUCUUGUUCAGAGGCAGCUGCAGCAAGCAAUUGAUAAGGAGAAAAUAUGGUCAAGACUGACAACAUCUGAAUGCAUUGAGGUUUUGGAGAAGGAUUUGGCUAUAUUUGGAUUCUUUAUUGCUUUAGGUAGAAGUACACGAACAUUUCUUUUGGCAAACGGUUUUGAUACUCUCGAUGAUCCAAUUGAAGAUUCCAUCAGGUAUCUUAUUGGGGGCAGUGUUUUAUACUAUCCUCAGCUCUCAUCUAUUAGUUCGUAUCAAUUGUAUGUUGAGGUAGUUUGUGAAGAGCUGGAUUGGCUUCCUUUUUAUCCAGGAAUCACCAGCAUCACAAAACAGUUGCAUGGGCAUAGUAAACCAGAAGGUCCUCCAAAUGCCGAAGCACUGAAGCAAGCAUUUGAUGUUUGCUCUCAUUGGAUGCAAAGUUUUAUUAAAUACAGCACAUGGUUGGAGAGUCCCUCAAAUGUAAAAGCAGCCGAGUUUCUAUCGAGAGGGCACAACAAGUUGAUGAAGAGCAUGGAGGAACUUGGGAUGAUAACGGAUAAGACAUUGGAGAGUGAUAUCAAGAAAAUAGUUGAGAGAGAAAGAUCCAAAAUUCAGUCAACAAUAAAAGGGUCAGAUUCUUUUGAUGAGGCAUUGAAAAGUGUUGAAGAAGCUGUGAUAAAACUUGAAAAUUUGCUUCAAGAAUUGCAUGUGUCAAGCACUAGUUCUGGAAAAGAGCAUUUGAAAGCAGCCUGUUCUGACUUGGAAAAAAUACGAAAACUUAAGAAAGAAGCUGAAUUCCUGGAGGCGUCUUUCAGAGCAAAAGCUGAUUCUCUGCAAGAGGGAGUUAAUAGUGCUCAAACCAUCAAACCGGUUGGUGAAGAGGACAGGCUAAUAAAAGGGAAAAACAGGAAUGACAAUGUAAGGGUGGACAGGAGCAAAAGACAAAUUGGAAAAUCUCGUGGAUUCUGGGGCAUCUUUGUACCUCCAGUCAACAGAAAGCCGGACCUGGAACCAGAUGUCGAUUCUUAUGAAAAUUAUAUUGAACAGUCUGCACCAAAUGUAGGUGUUGUCGACCAAGAAUCCAAUGAAAUCCACCGCUUCGAGCUUCUAAGAAAUGAGCUGAUGGAACUUGAGAAAAGGGUUCAAAGAAGUGCCUAUCAAUCAGAAAAUAAUGAGGAUUUGGUGAUCAGUGACGAUAGGGCCCGUUAUAGUGGUGAUGCUGGAGAUGUUCAGAUGGUGAGAGUUCAGACGAAAGAAAGUAUCUUACAGAAAUCUUUUGAUAGUUUAAAACAAACAGGAACGGAUGUCUGGAGAGGAACGCAGGAUGCCUGGCAAGGAACUCAACUUCUUGCUAUCGAUGUUGGUGCUGCAACGGGUUUGGUCAGAAGGACUUUAAUAGGUGAUGAAUUGACUGAGAAGGAGAAGAAAGUACUUAAAAGAACCUUAACCGACAUGGCUACGGUUGUUCCUAUCGGUGUUUUAAUGCUAAUUCCAGUUACUGCCGUUGGGCAUGCAGCCAUGAUAGCUGCUAUUCAGAGAUAUGUACCAUCCAUGAUUCCGUCCACUUAUGCACCAGAAAGGUUGGAUCUCUUGAGGCAGCUUGAGAAAGUGAAGCAAAUGAAAACCAAUGAUGUGGAUUUAGAUGAAGAAGUGGAUGAAGCUAAAUGAUCAGAAGCAAUGAAAAUUUAUGUAUAGCUAACAUAUCUUAACAUUCUUCCUGGUCUGAUGAAAAUUUGAUCAGCUUCGUUCUUCUCUUUCUGAAAAAUCUUUGUUGCUGCCAAAUUUCUUAGAGAGGAGUUGGGCAUAGAUAAGUCUGUUCCACGUGUCGGGCACUCCAGGUAAACACCAGUGGCUACAAUCCUGAGGAGCAUCAGGCGGAGUGCCUGGUUCCCGAUAUUUGGAAGGGUGGCCAUCUUUCCUCAACUCCGAAAGAUAUGUGAUGUUCAGAAAGUUGACUUUCCAGCUUCCAUAUUGCAUCUCUUUAACAGCAUCAGAUAUAAAUAUGUUGUAAUACGGUUCAGUUUCGAGUUUUGUAGGGUCAUUUUCUGGUUCCAUGUCCUUGUCGCAGUUUCCUCCUUCAUUCCAUGUGCCGUUCCUGCAAUUUCACUGUACAGACUCUUAUCCAAAGUACUCUGAAGUGAUUACUAAAAUGGGAUGAGUAAAUUUGAUUAAGAGUUAUGAAGUGAGUUAAUAUGCUUUUAAUUUUAAGGUCCAUUUGGAUUGGCUUAUUUAGGUGUAUCUGCUGGCAUAAGUACUUGUGGGAUAAUUUGAGAGAGCUUAUGGAAACAACUUAUUUUCAUAUGCUCUCUAAUAUAAUUCAUAAAAACAUCUUAUACCUUAUACAAAAGCACUUUGUCUUUAA